GUAAAUCGAAAACGUGACGUCAUUGUGUUUACAAUGGAAAGUAGCUCUUUCACCGUUUAGCUCAAUACAAGCAAGCUAGUUUAGCUAUUGAAUGUUAAACAGAUAUUUAUAGUUUAUCGUUUGAGCGCUUACAGUGUGUUUGCAUGGGGGCUCACGGCCUUUUGGGGAACGAGCCCGAGUCCAUCGACUACUCUGUUCACGAAGCCUGGAACGAAGCCACCAACGUUUACCUGCUGGUUAUUCUGGUUAGCUUUGGCCUGCUCAUUUAUGCCAGAAGAAACAAGCGGAAGAUUAUGCGCAUCUUCAACCUGCCUCCCAGCGUUGGUGGCAACCCAGAGCCAAACUUCUACGACAGCCUGCAGAAGGUCCGUUUGAGACAACAGCUGGAGAUGUACUCUCUAGCUCGGAAAUAUGAUCAGCAACAGCAUCAAGGCCAGACAGACAGUGUUCAGCUUUCCAUGGAAUGAGGGUUCUUCUGGACAAGAAAAAUGAUGUAGAAAUCCUUUCUUCAAGCCAAUGAUGCAUGGAGACAACACAGCCAAAUUGGACCUAAGGAUCUAGGUGUGACUGGAUGCUGGAAGUACAUAAAAGUGAAGACUAGGUGUUGCACACUGAAUUAAGUUUAAUGUCUAAUUUUUAAAGACUCAUUUAGAAUGCAAAAUCUCCCAGUAGAAGUGUUUCUCAUUGUGAUAAAUGUACUUUAUUCUGUGAAAUAUCCCAAAACAUUUGUACAUAUCCACAUCCCUCAUUAUUUUAGUUAACAAAAAUGUUCCAUGAUAAACGUUUGCAUUCAAAUAUAAUAAAUUGAGAGCUCUAACAUAUGUUCU